GAUUCUGUUGCUAGGCUGUUAGCUGGUGGCUUCUCCAUCUGAUGUUAGUGCAUUCUCUUACCUCCUUACCCUAAACUAUGCUAUUAUACACAAAUCGUUUUCAGGCUACAGCGAUUUGCGCAUAUACAGCGAAAAUUUUAACAAGCAAACCCUUAUUAAUUCUCUUGAUGUGUGUGCUGAAUAAUCAUCGCUGUAGGGGCUGCUCAACGACCCACAUCUAGGCACGUUGCUGGCUAGCUUAGCACCCGUUUUAGGCGGGAUGUCAACAGGUUUCCGUAGUGUUUGUCUUAAUUUUAUCUUUCAAAACGUGAGGAGGCAAUUUAGUAAAUGAGACAGAAGCUGCCACUUAAACCGAGGAGAUCUCAGGACAGCUUACUCCCUGGAUAAGCUGAUAAGGUUGAACCACAGAGAUCAAGAACAUGAGACAGGAGAAUGCGGAAAAUCUAUGAAAUCAAAGAACAAGAAAUGGUGAAAAUUUUCCCACUCACGCUCCCAUUCUCAUGACACCAGCAGGGAGGUAUGGGCUUCUUAAGGGUAGUAGCCAGAAUCAUGGGUAGGAUCAGUACAUUCAGGUCCUAUCAGCUGGUGCUUCUCCUGGCUGCUGCACUCGCUGUUGUAGCUUUUUACUACUUUGGCUCAGAGAGGCAGAAUUUCUCCAGUACCACAAAGAGGAUCAAGCAGACCCAGGCCAGUCACAACACCAACAGAAACGAUGCAGACCUCACCGUGGACACCAGGCUCUCGCACCCGGACGAGCCAAAGGAGCAAGGACGGGAAGAGCGAGGUGUAGAAGGAGACGGCGACGCUUUGACGUCCAGGAAAGCAGACAGUGAGGCUGGUUACCAACAUUACCACGUGCUAAUGAUGUUCACCAAAGUGGACAAGAGCCGGAGCUUGCAGGAUAAAUUCCGAGUGGCCAUGCUGUCCAUGGUGAAACACGGACACUUCUUGGAAGGAGAGGUGUUGGUUCUCCACUUUGUGAGUGACCAGGCCAGCCAAGAACUGGGCAAGAGGAUGCUGCAGGAGCUUUUCCUUGACACAACGUUUAAAUACGAGGUGGUGUUUCAUGACGUCGUGGCUCUGACUCAGAAGCUCUUCCCUAUUGUGGAAGCCAUGCAGAAGCAUUUCAGCGCUGGCUCCGGAGCCUAUUACAGCGACGCCAUCUUCUUUCUGUCUGUAGCUAUGCAUCACAUCAUGCCUGAAAGUCUGACGCGCAUAGUGCAGCUUGACUUGGACCUGAAGUACAGGACCAACAUCAGGGACCUUUUUCAGGAGUUUCACCAGUUUCCUCCAGGAGCAGUUAUAGGGAUCACCAGAGAGAUGCAGCCAGUAUACAGGCACACUUUCUGGCAGUACCGGAAGGAGAACCCUCAGACCAGAGUCGGGGAACCUCCUUCUGACGGCCUCCCGGGCUUCAACAGCGGUGUGAUGUUGUUGGACCUAGGUGCUAUGAGGUCCUCGGCUCUUUACAAUAAGCUGUUGGAGCCCAGCAAUGUGGCCAAACUAGCAGACCAGUAUCGCUUUAGAGGCCACCUGGGUGAUCAAGACUUCUUUACCAUGAUCGGAAUGGAGCAUCCUGAACUGUUUUACUCCUUGGCGUGUGGCUGGAACCGGCAGCUGUGCACCUGGUGGAGGGAUCACGGAUACGGAGACAUAUUUCAGUUGUAUUAUCGCUGCGAUGGACCUGUCUAUAUCUAUCAUGGGAACUGCAAUACCCCUAUACCAGACGACUGAGAUUUGCACUGGCUUGAUACUACAACUGUUUUCAUUGUACAAUACAAACAAUAUGUGGUGUUUGUGGAAGUCGUUUUAACAUGGUGGUUAUUAUGGGUGAAAACGGCUCUUCAUUACAGUCGUACAGAGUGGUGUAUUAACAGGUGGUUGUUUUUUUCAGGUACUACACGCAUGACAUUAUGAUGUAAUGUAUACAGGUCCAUGUGGGAUUUGAGCCCGUCACUGCAGAAGGAUUUUACCACUCCUUCAUGUUCCGUAAACGCAUAAACUUGUUGGCUAGUUUGGAUGUGACUUAGACCCCAGCCACACAGGCGUACAGACUGGUGUGUGACCAUAUGGCAACCAGCGGUCGUGAGGGAGCUGUGAAGGAGUUGUGAGUGGUUGCUUAAGAUUGAUGACAGUGCUUGAAAAAUAAUUGCUAAAGCACGAGUCACACAGGCUGGGAACCUUUGGGAAAACUGUAUUCCUCUCCUGAUUGGCAAGAACCUUGUAAUUGCUUUGGCUGCUAGCAUACUGGCCGCCUGUAGUUUGUGUGGAACUGACGGAUUUGUCUACAAACAGCAGCCAGCUACUCUGAGCUGCAGUGACAACAUGAAAGGUGCGCCACACUUUUCCAGAUUUUACUGCAGCUCUUCUAGUAGUUAGCGAGUGUUUGCAGACAGCAUACUGUAAGUACGGGCAACUGUGGAAGUCUGCGAGCAACCAAAGCAAUCACUCUGAGGUUUUUGGUGUAUUUCCUUCUGUGAAACGGAGUUCACCCAGCAAGAGCCAGCAACUUCCAGGAGUCAGCUGCCAACUCGUUGGGGAAUAUAUGUUUCCCUAGCAACUGCAUCCAAUAUGGCAGACAGCUCUUGAGCAGUGCAAUAAUGAUGUCACAUGAGAAGCAUCUUUUAUUUCUGUGGAGAGAAAAAAUUGCAGUGUUGAAGUUUGAUUUAGGUUUAUUGUUUAUAUAUACAGUUUCAGUUUAUGUGUUUUUUAACAAAAUUAAAAACAAGAGAAUCAAGUACACCAAGUAGUGUACAGUAUUUAACGCAGUAACUCCCAAAUCACUAACUGAUGCUGAAAUAUUAAUGCAGUGAAGCAAAUGCAUAGACCGACCUCGGCUCGCUUCAUUCUCCAACACGUCGAGUUUUCAGUGUCCCAAGUUCAGCCUACAUCACACCGUAGCAGGUGAGGGCUAAUCUCUGUCAAUUACUUGUAUUUUUUCUUUCUUGCAACCAGAGGGAUCGCUCUUCGUGGACUUUGUGGGUCAGCCACAGCUCUUUUCAAACACGUCUUUACAGGUAGAAAAGCAGAAGUGAGUGGGUGGGGGGAGACAGCAGAGAGCUGGCCACAGGGAUCGGAGAGAUAACGAUUAACAUUGACGACACUGAAGGCUGUUGUUUGUGCCCCGUGUUUGCAGUGUAGCCGAGGCCAAACAGACCCACUUCAUUCAGACACACGUUUCUGAAGGAGCGUUGCGGCCAAAAGCGUGACUGCAGACGCUGACCCACUUUUCAGUUUUCUUGCUGUGCUCAAUGAAGUCCUGCUCAGAUUCAAAGAAAUGUCAACACUCAAUAUUAAUCAGAAACUUAAUCGCUUUAUGUAGCACUGAAGCACGCUGCUAAGGAGAAAACGAACAGUGGAAUAAGACUAUAAAAAGAAUGUCUUCAGUUCUCAACACCUUAUAGCUUUUUCUGUUUUACUACUAACAGAGCCAGUGACUUUACUGGUUACAUGUUGAUUACAUUAGUUUUACUGGGAUUGCUGUUAUGCCACUAUCAGUGUACAUCACUAUCAGUUUCAGUGCAUUACAGUGUUUAAAAUGACAUAAAAUGGUUGAUAUUGAUAAUCUAUCAGAAAGCAUGUACAAUUUUUUAAAGUACAGUCAUGUACCAGAAAGGAUAGAUUAUUAAAGGGAAGGAUGAAACCAUACGUUCAAGAGAAGAAUCAGUGGAAGAGCUUGGUCUUAUGGACCCCUGCCAACAGCUGUACUGUAAGUGUCAUACAAUAUAUCCAUGUGAUGGUUUGUGUGUGAUCUAAAAACUUGUAUAUCAGUUUCUUGUUGGUACUCUGCUAACACAUACAAACCUAUUUGUGUCAUCAUCUAAAAAAAUGUUAUAUGUGUAUCGUCUAGAGAUUCACUCACUGCAAUUUUUGAUUCCAGGUUGUUUUUGUUUGUUUGUUGCCAAUUCUGAUUUUCUCUCUAAGAACUACACCUGACAGAUUAUAGAAAAAUUAAGUUUUCUUUAAUGCAACAAUUACAGUUUGGAGAUACAGGACCUUCUGUUACUGAAACAAUUGAAAAUAAAAUGCUUUAUUUAUAUAAACAGAACUAAUGUCAGUUUCUUAGAUCAUUUUGCAUAUAAAUUUACCAAAUAACAGAACAGUGAUCCUUUUUUAUUUUUCACUCAACUCCACAACUUUCCUGUAACUGCUUUGGUCCUUUGCUCAUACCGAGGCUCACACCAAGCUUGUGGCUAGCUCUGAGCUCUGGCUAGCUUUAGCUUUAGCCACGUUCCCUUCUUUUAAAUGGUGACGUGAACGCUUUCAUGGUUCUCCACCUGCCUAUUUGCUUUAGUGUCUUUACUCACAGUGGAGAACCUCCACAGUAACGACAUAUUAACAUGUGUCUGCGAGUGUGCAUGCGACUGUUUGUCUGCACUUCUGUCCAUGUGCUGAAUAUGCAUGAAACAGACGGGGUCACUGGUCAGUCGAUCGGUAUUGUCGAGUGCUUAUUCCUGUGUUACAUGCAUCCAUUGCCAUGUGUGUUGUUUCUGUUGUGUCCUUCAAACACUCAGACUUUGUAUAAAGCGUUUUAGCUCAUUUGGCUAAAUGACCAAUGCACUUAUGCAAUUGUGAGGCAUCCGUCAUCUGUCUGUCCCUGUUUGUGAGCCUCCUUGACCUCUCGUUGGCUUUUAAUUAGUCAUUAGUUUGUGCAGAUGCAUUCAAGCAGUGACAACAAAACUUAGACAGACAAGCAACUACACCCUGGUUAAUCUGACUGAGAUCUUGGAGAGUGUUAAUAAUCUGGUGUGUAUGGCACUGAUGUACUAACACUAUACUUACCAAAGUAACAGCUGUCUGUAUUUUUCACUUUAAUAACCCCUCAGCAGAUGAUGCUAAUGUCUAAAGAUCAAAUUUGUCUUGACGGAACCAAAUGAGAAAGCUUUACAUGCCCUUUUCAUUUAAAGUCUUCCUGUGACAGCAGCAGAGUUAUCAUAUCUUUAAAAUGUUGUUACAUUGCUUGUGUUUCUCUUUCCUAAAUAAAAUGUCUUGCUGUUAUUACCA